AUGCCACCGAAAUACCAAAAUCGUAAAGUUAUUCAUAAAUUACCUAGCGAUGAUUCUGGAAAUAAUAGUCCAGAUCAAGAAGGAGAUGAUUUCGUUCAAAUCUUUGCAGCUUUUCAUAAUCAAAUGGAAAAGAAAGUUAAAGAUAAACAAAAAAAAUUGGCAACAGAAUGUGAUAAAACAAUUCAACAUAUUUUAGAUUUGUCAAACGAACUUGUUUCACGACAACGGCAAGAAAUAGAUGAAAAAGCUAAUGAAUAUAAAAGCAAAUUAGAAGAAUUAGAAGAAGACAGGCUUGCAAUUAUUAAAAAAUUGAGAUCUGAAGAAAUUAAAUAUUUGCAAUUACACAAUUCUGUUAUUAAUGAAUUUGAAAAUAUAGAAAUGGCACAAUUAGAAACAAUUCAAAAAUUUGAAAAGAAUUAUUUUCGAAAAUGUUUUAUGAAAAAUCCAUUUGUUGAAAAUAAUUAA